AUGUUGCAACGGUUUUAUGAUCCCGCAGAAGGAAACAUCUAUAUUGAGGGCGUAAAUAUUCGCGAUUUGAAUCUGAAGGCGUACCGAGAACAGCUGGGUUGUGUGCAACAGGAACCGAUUUUAUUCGAGGGGACGGUGGCUGAAAAUAUUCGAAUGGGUAAAUUGGACGCAACACAAGAGGAAAUUGAAGAAGCCGCGAGGCAAGCCAAUGCGCACGAAUUUAUUACAAGGCUGCCGGAGGGCUACGACACGAUGAUCGCCGAACGUGGAGGCGGCAUGUCUGGAGGUCAGAAACAGCGUAUUGCAAUCGCGCGAGCGUUGGUUAGCAGACCGAAAUUGCUGCUUUUGGAUGAAGCUACUUCUGCUUUGGAUACACGAUCUGAGCGAGUCGUGCAAGAUGCACUAGAGAAAGCAUCCGUGGGGCGGACUGUGGUAGUUGUUGCUCACAGACUUACAACAGUGCGCAAUGCAGACUUGAUUUUGGUACUGGAGAAAGGCCGCAUUCGAGAGUCUGGAAAUCACGAGCAGUUGGUGGCCCAAAAUGGUCUUUACGCUACUAUGCUGCAAAACCAGAAAAAAUCGGAAACUGAAGAACAAGACGACCAUGGAGAAUAUGAUGAGGAAGAUGAAAAGCCGCAAGCCUAUCGUCGGAAUGUGGGUGAUCCAAGAGAAACCGAAUCCGUGGGCCCAGAUGGGGUUUGGCGGGUCGGUGAUCAGGAAGAUGUAAGUCCCUUUAGAACCUUAUCGCAUGUGAUGAAAUCUGUAAUUGGAAUAGGUUACUCACAGUUUGAUAUUCAUUUUGAACCGUUUGUUGGUGCACCUCUACCGAUAUGUUAA